GCAAUGGUUGAUGUUGCAAAAACUGUUGGCGCAGAUGCUGUAUCGCAUGGAUGCACAGGGAAAGGAAAUGAUCAGGUACGAUUUGAGCUUACUUUCUUUGCCUUGAAUCCUGAAUUAAAAGUUGUGGCCCCAUGGAGAGAGUGGGAAAUCCAAGGGAGGGAAGAUGCUAUUGAAUAUGCAAAGAAACACAACAUUCCUGUGCCUGUUUCUAAAAGGUCAAUUUAUAGUAGAGAUCGUAACCUAUGGCACCUCAGUCAUGAAGGAGACAUCUUGGAAGACCCAGCAAAUGAGCCUAAGAAGGACAUGUACGUGCUGACCGUCGAUCCUGAAGAUGCACCUAAUCAACCUGAGUACCUUGAGAUCGGCAUCGUUUCCGGCAUACCCGUCUCCGUCAACGGCAAGGAGCUCUCGCCGGCAUCCCUUCUCUCUGAACUGAACGAGAUCGGCGGGAGGCACGGAGUCGGCAGAAUGGACAUGGUUGAGAACCGGCUCGUCGGCAUGAAGAGCCGCGGCGUCUACGAGACUCCCGGCGGCACCAUUCUGCAUGCUGCCGCCCGAGAACUAGAAUCCCUAACGCUCGAUCGAGAGACCAUUCAAAUGAAGGAUAUGAUCGCUCUCAAGUACGCGGAGCUCGUGUACGCUGGCAGGUGGUUCGAUCCGCUCCGAGAGUCGAUGGAUGCUUUCAUGGAGAAGAUAACGGAGACGACGACGGGUUCGGUUACGUUGAAGUUGUACAAGGGGUCUGUGACGGUGGCGUCGCGGCGGAGCCCGAACAGCUUGUAUAGGGAGGACAUCUCAUCAUUUGAGACGGGGAGUGUGUACAACCAGGCUGAUGCAGCUGGCUUCAUUCAGCUCUAUGGGUUGCCUAUAAGGGUGAGAGCAAUGCUGGAGAAGGGUGUCUGAGGAUCACUAGGAUUUUGACGAAUAAGAUGAGUGCUUUGGUCCCCUCUUAUUUUAUUAUUUUGGUGGAAUUUUUUAUUCGCAGGAGAGUUUUAUUAUUAAAUGUUUUUGGUUUAUGGCUUGAUUGAUAUACUAUUUGGUGAAAUUAGUUGAAUUUUGCUGUUGUAAACUAAGCAUAAUUGUUGUUUUAUUUAUUUUUUUUUGUUAUUUAUUUAUGUAUGAGAAAAAAAAAA